AUGAACGUUUGUAAUCAAAUUCCUAUUGUAUUGAAUGUUGAAGAAGAUCCAAAGACAUUUCAAGAAGCAAUGUCUUCUGGAGACGCUGCCUUUUGGAAUGAGGCUGUUGAUGAUGAAAUGGACUCAAUUAUAUCCAACAACACUUGGGUUUUAGUUGAUCUUCCUCUUGGAUCAAAGGCUAUAGGUUGUAAGUGGGUCUUUAGGAGAAAGUACAAUACAGAUGGUUUUGUCCAAACCUUCAAAGCAAGAUUAGUUGCAAAAGGUUUCACUCAAAAGGAAGGCAUAGACUAUUUUGAUACAUAUGCUACCCGUUCCAAGAAUAACAUAUAUUAG